AUGGGCCAAAAAGCAAAGUUGAGAAAAAUUAAGAAAAUGGCUUAUAAAGCCAAAGAAAAGAACGAAAUACUAGAAGAGUCAAUAGAGUCGUCGAUGUCUGCAGCAGAGCUGGAGAGAGGAGUGCUUAGUGCACCUAUUAAACCGCCAUACCAAGUUAUUCUUGAUACUAAUUUCAUAAAUGAUUGUAUCAGAAAGAAAAUGGAUUUGGAACAAUCUCUGAUUGAAUGCUUAGAGGGGGAAGUCGAUCUGCUAGUCCCAGAGUGUGUGUUUGGAGAACUGGAAAAGCUUGGAAGAGUAUAUAGGGUGGCAUUGAAUAUGAUUAAAGGAUUGAAGAUUGAGACCCUGAAAUGUAGUCAUAAGGGAACAUAUGCAGAUGACUGCAUAAUAAAUAGAAUCAAAGAGUUUAGAUGUUAUAUUGUGGCUACCACGGACACUAACCUUAGGCAGAGAAUUAAGAAAAUACCACUGGUGCCUGUGGUGUUUUUUAGGGGACACAAGUGCAUGACAGAGAGGUUUGCAGGUGGAUCAUUGUACUAA